AUGAAAGAGAAGUUGAAAAGUAGAGGGACUUGGGAGAGUAAAUGGGGUGUGGAUAGUAUGUGGGAAACGACUGCUAGUUGCAUUAGGGAGACUGUUAGAGAGGUGUUGGGGGUCUCGAGAGGUCGAUCUGGCAAAUAUCGGGAAGACUGGUGGUGGAACGAAGAGGUUAAGCGAAAGGUGGAGUCUAUGAAUGUGUCAUGUGCUAAGUUGGUUGCGAACAAGGAUGAGGGGGAAAGACAGACGAAUAAGAAGGAGUAUAAGGUAGCUAGGAGAGAGGCUAAGUUAACGGUUAUGGCAAUUAAGACAGCAGCUUUUGAGAGCUUGCUGGCCAAGGCCAAGAAGUGGAGGGCUCAUGACCUUGACCAGGUGAAGUGUAUCAAAGGAUAUGAUGGUACAGUGUUGGUGGAGAAUGCUCUCAUUAAGGAGAGGUGGAACUCCUACUUUCAUAAACUUUUGAACGAUGAGGGGGACAAAGGUUUCAUGUUGGAAGACUUGGAAAAAUCUGAGAAGUGUCGCGAUUAUGGUUAUUAUAGGCGUAUCAAGGUUGAGGAGGUCAAGAGAGCUAUUCGCAGGAUGCGACGGGAUAGGGCGUCGGGGCCAGACGAGAUUUUAGUGGAUUUUUAG